UAAAGUUGGUAACGCUGUUCAUUCAAGACGUUUCGUUGCUAGGAGAUAUCGACGGUGCCUUUUGCACCGAGUUCGUAUUAUAUUGAGUUUUUGUGAGUGGUUCCCAAUUUGUUUCUGAACUGUUUUUUUCAAUAUGGCUUCUGCUGGUGCGGAUUUUCAAAAAUUAUCCCAAGAAGAACGCGAGGAAAUAAAGGAGCGUUUUAACGAAAUCGACAAAAAUGGAGAUGGUCAUAUCGAUUUAAAAGAACUGAGGGAAGCUUUAGAAGCUUGCGGUUUCAAAAUCGCCGGUUACCAAUCCCGCUUGAUAGAAGAGGAGUUCAAAAACUCCAACAAGAUGAAAAUCAACGGCAAAUUGACCUACGACGAAUUCGAAAAGCUUAUCUGUGAUUUAAAAGCGAAUGAUGUAGCGAAUACAUUCCGGACCGCCGUUUCCAAGAGGGAAAACCUUCAGCACUUAGGCGGCACCUCCGAGGCUUCCAACGAAGGCACAACACAUUCCGUGAGGGUUGAGGAACAGCUCGCCUUUUCGGACUGGAUCAACUCCAAUCUCCAACAUGACCCCGACUUGAGAAAGUUGCUGCCCAUCGACUCAGAAGGCAAGAACUUGUACGACAAAGUGAAAGAUGGUAUUCUAUUAUGUAAAGUCAUUAACCAUUCCUGCCCAGACACGAUAGACGAAAGGGUAAUAAACAAGGAAAAAUUGACACUUUACAGAAAAUUAGAGAAUUUGACUCUGGCGCUAUCGUCUGCGUCUGCCAUCGGUUGCAACGUCAUAAACAUAGAUGCUCAUAACUUAUCAAAAGGAACACCUCAUCUUGUCCUUGGACUGCUUUGGCAAAUAAUAAGAAUAGGCCUUUUCAAUCAAAUUACUCUCGAACAUUGCCCCGGCUUGACUACGUUGCUCUCUGAAGAUGAAAAAAUUGACGACUUGAUGAAAUUGUCCCCAGAAGCUAUAUUGAUCAGAUGGGUAAACUAUCACUUAGAACGUGCCGGCACGCACCGUCGUGUUACAAAUUUCCAAAGCGACAUUGUCGAUUCCGAGGUUUAUACCCAUCUGCUCAAGCAAAUUGCCCCAGCCGAUGCCGAUGUUACGACCGAAGCGCUUCAUGAAAAAGAUUUACAUAGUAGAGCUGAAAUUAUGCUUCAGCAAGCUGCUAAAUUGAAAUGCAGGGCUUUUGUCACACCACAAGAUGUUGUCAAUGGUGUCUAUAAACUUAAUUUGGCUUUUGUCGCCAAUCUUUUUAAUAAUCACCCGGGAUUGGAGCAAACGAAUGGCACUAUCGAUGGCUACGAAACUAUCGAGGAAACCAGAGAAGAAAGAACUUACAGAAAUUGGAUCAACUCGAUGGGAGUGUCACCACACGUCAAUUGGUUGUAUUCCGAUCUGGCCGACGGUCUAGUUGUAUUCCAGUUGUACGACAUCAUAAAACCAGGCACAGUAAAAUGGAAUAGGGUACAUCGUAAAUUCACGAACGAAAGGAAAAAAUUCAUGGAAAAAUUAGAAAACUGCAACUACGCCGUCGAACUUGGCAAAGAGAUUAAGUUCUCCUUAGUCGGCAUCGGUGGACAAGAUAUUAACGAAGGAAAUGUCACUCUGACUUUGGCUCUAAUUUGGCAAUUGAUGCGAGCUUACACUCUGACUAUCCUCGCACAGCUGGCCGAAUCUGGAAGUCCUAUUGUUGAAAAAGAAAUCGUACAGUGGGUAAACAAUAAACUCAGCGGUGCAGGGAAAAAGUCUUCCAUUCGCAACUUCCAGGAUAGUUCCAUAUCAGAUGCCAAAGUUGUUAUCGAUUUGAUCGACGCUAUCAAACCCGGUGCUAUUAACUAUGAUUUAGUUAAACAAGGAAGUACCGAUGAGGAUAAACUAGCCAACGCAAAAUACGCGAUUUCUAUGUCCCGUAAGGCUGGAGCGCGGGUGUAUGCCCUUCCAGAAGAUAUAACAGAAGUGAAACCAAAAAUGGUAAUGACAGUAUUUGCCUGCUUAAUGGCAUUAGAUUAUGUACCCAACAUGGAUAGUACACGGCAAUAAUUUUCAGUUAAUUAUUUAUGGUUUAUUUAAUUUUAUUUACUUAUAUCUUACGUUAUAUUUACUAAACUCUAUCGUCCAGAUUUUAAAUUAAGGUCUUUUAAGGUAAUAUUUAGGAUUAGUAAUGAUAUAAUUUGUUCAAAUUGAACCUUUAUUUAUUAAUCUGGGAAUUAUUUAUGAUUGAUUACCACAGUAACAUUCCAAAUCAUAAAUGUACUACUAGUCUGCAGAAAAGUAUUAAAUAAAAAAUUUUACAUUCCCGUUGGGGUGGAGGUGCAAUAAAUUUAUGAUUGGGCUGUUAUUUAUAACAUUUUUUGUACAAACUGUUUUUUAAGAAAAUGAAACAUGACGAAAAUCAUUUCCACAAUUUUAUCUUUUAAUUAUUACUUAUACUUAUUUUUAUAUUCAUUUAUGUGAGAUAAAUUCAUUAUUUUAUAGGUUAAUUUACAAUCAUUUUAUAAUUCUUAUUUAUUUAUGGCUCUGUGAGAUACCAAACUAAGUGCCAUUUACGAUUAAGCGUACACUUCAAGUGUAUUACUUAUUAUUAGGAAUGUAAUGGAUUUCAACCUUAUUUAUUGGAUUGAAAACAAACCAUUUCAUUUGUCAAUUAAUAAUUGCUUUUAAAAUAAUGCCUUGGAGGCAUUUUGAUGUUUCUUAUCGUAUCUCUAGGAUGUGAUAUUUGGUCUUUCCCAAAAAGUAAUAUCCAUUACAAUCCUAAUUUUAUUAAAAUGUAAAAAUAUUAAAACAUUUAUACUUUUUCAUGUAAACUGGUCAUUUGCUUUAAUAAAUAUAUAAAGUAUCAA